GAUAUUGGUGCCUGCUUUUCGCCACAUGGUAGACGCCCUGCGAGAACAGGUUGCCGAUAUGAUCGGAGAAGAUCACGGCCUCUCAAACAAGCGAGUACCUCUAAUGCCUUGGAUAUUAAGGAAAUAAAGGUGUACUGCGUUUUUGGUUGUAUAAUGCGAUGUUGUGUACUAUGAGUGAUAGAUUAAAUAUAUAGAUGGAUCAAUCUUCAGUAAGCUGGCUCACCAUGAUGACCAUCAUUUUUCGCUACGGGCUACUGCUUUUCAUAUACUACUACUUACGUAAUUAUAGCAAGGAACAAAUCGAGACGGACGAGCUUUGUUUUGGAAAGUUUUGGAACUUCGCAUAGUUCUGAUACUAGUUUACUGACUCUAAGGAAAAGACUCGUCGCCCUGGUUAGUGAAAUGUCCAUCGAAGUCCGCCUAUUGAUUGCGGGGCAUAGAAGCUGUGUGCACGUUCCUAGGGUACCUGGUAACUUUUCGAACUACAACGAAGAAAUGCGAACGCAUUUGCUGACAAGCAUGAGAAGCGAUACUGCCAAGACAAGAAGUGCCACAUCUCUUUCUACUAGUUCAAAAAGCAUGAGGAACAGACGGGAAAGAAGGAAGAAAAGUGGCAGUGGUGCUGCUACCGUUGCUGCAUCAGUUACAACAACUUCGCUGCUUUCACAGGAAGGAGACAAAUACGGCAGUGCUUUCUUGUGAUGGUUGCUUUUUGAUUCGAUUCAGGUUUUGCUUUGUGAUUCGCUCGUAGUUGGUUCUAAUUCACUAAAGAACUCUUUAACAACGUUGGUUCAUCUUCUAAGACGGAGUAGCGGGUGCCUGUGACAAAACUACAGCUCAAACCGCAACAAAGGGGCAAGGGAAGCCAGAAAAUCUUCUAGGACACGACCGAGGAGAGCUGCAAAUGUUGAAAAAAACAGUAAAUUAUGGCCAUGGGGUUUAGGUCAAGCGACGCUUAGACCACUAAAGUAAGACGGCCGGUUAGUUUUCCCGCUAUCCUUGGUAUUAUCCCUUCAAACAAGUAAACUAUGGCGGAUAUAAAAGUUUGCACUUCUUGCUCGUCUUGUUUUUUGGCUCUUCAGUAGCCAAUGAAGCUUGCUAGUUUUUCUGGCGGGCCCCCACCUAACCUAACCUAAUGAUGUUCUUGUGGCCAUCGUCUACAACUCCUUUUCUCUGAGCACGCAGUAAUUUCUAUUGGUACAACUUCUCUCCUUCUAACAACUGUCCUUAUGCUUAGAAGCCAUAGUUUUAUUAGAGGAUAGCGAACGGCUGCUGGCAGUAGAGCACAUGGCUUCGGUCUAUGUUCCUGACAGAUGCUUGUUUGGAAAUGAUGGCAAGACGCUGUUGCUUGGCGUAGAAAAAGCCUCAAGAAACAUCAUCAAUGAAGUGCAGCGACUGGGAGCUUCGGAGGAUGAAAUCUUUAGGAUUGAAAGUACGGAAGGAGAAGCGGAGGAAGAUGGUAC